AUGGAGUCAUUGCUAGGGUUUAAGGAACCAACCAUAAAUGACGUUAUGGAACACAAAACCUACGGAUACAAAUUGGUCCCCUGGAUUAGCUGGGACGAGUGGGACUUCGUCAGGGAGUCUCUCUUCUCUUCUUCUCCACACUCCGUGGCCUCAGCUCUCCAAAGAAUAAUGGCCUGGCGGGGCAGAGGAUGUGUUCCCGUUGUGGUCGAAGUCACAGCUUCCCUCAUCGAAAUCCAGCAGAAAGAUCCUUUCUUUAGAGUUGACUUAAGUGAGGAUGGUCUGCAAUCAGAGGAGAUGCUGGUCAUGCUAUAUUCCAUGGCGAUAAUGAGGCUUGUAAAUGGUGUUGUGGAGAAGACACGCAAGAAGACAGAGGUUUCAAUUGCCGAGGCGGCUGAUGCAAUUGGUAUUCCUCGUAUGCUGAUUGAUAUUCGUCACGAGGGAUCUCAUCGUGAUCUCCCUUCACUUCGGCUGGUUCGUCUUGCCUCUGUUAAGGCACUUGAUUGGUUGAAAUCUUAUUAUUGGGAACCUCAGCAGAGGACAAUUCAAUUCCAACGCAGUAAACCUGGCGACCUCACAAAAGAAAUUAAGUCUAAACUACAUGAAUUGACUUUCGCUUUAAAAGCUAAGCAGACUACUCGAUCACGUUCUUCAAUAGCCAAGGGAAAAGGUGUUAAAUGUCAUGAAUACCUUUGUGGGCAUAAUAAGUUUUUCUCUCUUAUGGCUGGCAAACAGCAGUUUCCUAAAUCUGUGGGUUCUAAGAAACAUAUCAUGAAGUCGGUGAAGAAGUUCAUUCGGUUGUAUUAUUCCUUCCCUGCCGAAGUAGUAUCUGUGUUAUUGGAGUUCUUGCUGAAGGCAUUGGAUUCCUCAGAUCUGGUAGAGCUGCCAAUGAGUUCUCAAGACCGCCAUAGUACUGAUAAUUUGCAUACUUUAUUCAAUGGCUGGAAGCCCGUCAUUGUCAAAUUAUCAAAUCAAGAACCAGAGUUGCUUCUGACUCUUCUCAGUGCUGUAAUUGAUUUGAUUGAGACUCAGGAAGCCAGGAAAUAUGAAAGAGAAGGACAGCAUCUCUUGUACGAGGAGAGCACAGAGUUUUGCAAAGUCAAACUUUCCUGUCUGUUUGGGUGGCUUGUACAUAAUCUCAAGCAACUAAAACCCACUCACCAGAAAAGUUCUGCAGCUGAGACUGAAGUUUCUUCUACAAAGCUGAAUCUGCCAAAGGAUACUCUAGCACAAUUUUUACGUAAAUGUCUUCUGGUAUCAUCUUCUGACAACCACCAGCUGAUCUCUUCAGCCCUAAAUCUUGCGAAUAUGAUGGGAAACAGCCCACUGGCUGAGAAGCUCAAUAAGCUGUGCAAGUUAGGUCUAUCAAAUCGAGACACUCAUGAAGAGAACUCUUCCCUCACUAGUUUCGAAAGCUUCCUUUCGCAGCAAGAGGAUUCCAUCCGUCAAGCAGCUGCAAAGCUAGAGAAUAUUAAACUUCACCGAAUGAAGGCCAACUAUGUAAAAACCACAGAUGGAGACAUGGAGAAUCGGAGAAUGUGGGCUGUGGCAAAAUCAUGGAAUCCAUGUCCAAUUGGUAUGUUGCCUCACAGUCUUCGUUCUUCUGGCCAUCUUCCUGUUCUAGACUGCAAUGAUGACUGUAAAAUAGAGAAAUCUUCUGAAAGCAUAGGCCACUGCGAAAUAAACCACUGUAGUGGGAAGAGAGGGGCUGAUUGUGCUAUUGAACUUUUGGAUGAAUCAAGUGUUAAAAAACUGAAGGAAAGUGAAGAGGGUUGUGAAUCGAAUGGUAAGGAAGAUAUGUCACCGGAAGGUGUCAAAGGGCAGUUGCUGGUUGGUGGUGUGUGGAAAAAAGUUACCGAGGAAGAGCUGCUUGCCAUCACUUCAGCCGUGAGGAUUUUAGUUUAGUUGUGAUUACUGUACCAAUUUCUGUCACACUGUGGCCGUCCUUUGUUAAGCUUGGAGAACGAGGCAGUUGCAGAAUUGACUGAAUUGGCAAGGUUAGAUGAUAGUGUAUAAGCUAUUUAUCUUUUCGUUGUUGUCUCAUUAUUUGAUUUCUAUUAGUCUUUUCAUGUAUAAAGCCGGCUAAUCCAGUAUUUAAGUCCUGGAAAUGGGUCUUGUUUGAGGAAAUCUUCUUGAAACCUCCUUAG